AUGAACCUAAAGUGGUGGACGUUGGCAGCGAGCCUUGUGGGAUGCACGUAUGCGGCGAAUGAGAUGGAGGACGAGAUAGUGCUCGAGAAUAAAUCGCGACACCGCCAAAUAUGCUCUGGCGUGUACUCAAAAGAGGACAUCGGAGGGCCUUUCGACUCGCAAAUUGAGAUUGACUUUACGGGCGACUCAAACGGCAAGGUGUCGCUAAUCAUUUUCGCAUACCAGGAUAUCGACAGGCUGGGUGUUCCGGUCGAGGAUAGCAAUGGCCGACAGGGCAUAAAGUAUUUGUGCGAUCACGACGCUAUUGAUCACGGCCUGUGUCCGGAAAGCGAUUAUGGCAAAGUAAUUAUCAACAACUACGGUCACGAGGACGAGGAAGAAUCCGGAGCAGAUAUCUGGUCGGCUCCGAUCACCCUGCCGUCCGAACCGGUCAUUUAUAACGUGUCCACCACCAACUACUACUGCGUGGUGACUUUCCCGCUGGAGGACCGCUUCGAAAAGUACAAGGCCAGCGUGCACUUCAUGAAUGCGUACGGCCAUUUGCCAGCAAGCCAGUACUCGCUGCUGACCUUCCACUUCGUCAUGGCCGUGGCCUACACCGUGUUUGCUGCCACCUGGGGCUAUUUUUUUUACCGAUACCGUCACGACGUGCUCCCUGUGCAGAAAUACCUUACUGGUCUGGCUGUGUUCAUGCCUGUGGAGCAGUGGCUAGUAUGGGGGUAUUUUGUUGACUACAACAAAUCAGGAUUGGCUGGUGCCGGCCACAAAGCCUACCUUGGUAUUGUAUCUGUUUUGGGUGCGGGCCGGCUCGCGCUGACGUUGUUUUUGCUGCUCAUUGUGUCCAUGGGCUACUCGGUUGUGUUCCCAACUCUCGGACGUCGCCUAAAAUAUGCUGGUAUUCUGGCCGUCUUCCAGUGGUUUGCUGCGGCUCUGUACGCUCUGGACUCUUACCUUAUGUUUUCAGAGGACGAGGAAGGCACGCUGAAGUUGUUGAUGUUCUUGCCUCUAUCCAUAACUAUGGUCGCUUCGUAUAUAUGGACUCUGCGCUCUCUGGCUGGUACAACUGCCUACCUUACUGAGCGUCACCAGCAAGUCAAGGCACGCAUGUAUCGCUUGCUGUGGUGGAUUCUCAUUGGCUCUGCCUUGGCACUGUUUUUGUUUGUUCUUUUGCACACUUUGUUCACAUCGACUCAGCGUCUUAAAGAUUUUAUCAACAACUACUGGAAAACCAAGUGGCUGCUGAGCGACGGGUGGCCCAAUAUUGUUUAUUUCGUGAGCUUCGGCCUCAUCUGCUUGAUCUGGGCCCCCACUGCUAACAAUAGACAGUAUGCUAUGUCCACACAGCUCUCCCAGGAUGGCUCGUACGUCCCUGACGCCGAGGAGUUCGAGAUUGGUUCUCUCAAUGGCUCUGGCGACGAAGGCGAGGAGGACGAUCUGCAACCGCCUCCCGUCAACCAAUCUGGAGUGCAUCGCGUUCAGACCCGCGAGACCAUGUUCAGUGCUGACAAUCGCGAUGAUCAUGACAUCUUCUCGGACGACGAGAAUGCGGGCGGUGAGUCCACAGACCCCUGGAAUCGUGAUGAAGACGAGGACGAAUUAGUGCAGGCACCGGGCGGGAGACUUCGUAACUGA